AGUGGCCCCGGCUUCCCCCCGGCCUGCUCCGGCCUCUCCUAUGGCCUGGCCUGGGCGGCGGCGGCGCGAAGGAGCUGCCGCGGCCCGGAGCGCGGGGGAUGGCCGGCCCGGGGCCCUCCCGCUGCCUUCUGGAGCUGCCCGCCUCGGUCAUGUGCCGCUUCUGUGAGAUCAUGGACGCGCUCGGCCGGGCCGACUGGGAGCGCUUCGCCUCCAGGAUUGUACGGAAUCAGGUGGAGCUGCGUCUGUACGAGAAGAUGGAGGGGCGGACGCAGCACGUCAUGUGGGCCUGGAUGAACCGCAACGCACGUGUCGCUGACCUGCUCCAGAUCCUUGAGGACUUGCAACUUUACUUGGCCCGUGAUGUCAUCGCUUCAUGGAAUCCACCAUCGCCCCGCCCAAAGUCCAGUGCAUUGCCUUCUCACCUUCCAUCGGUCUCCUGUGAUCCUCCACCUGUCCCGUGUGCCCCAGAUCCUUGUGGUGAUAGCAGUAGAAUGAGGAUUUCUAUGUGGGAACCCCAGAAGGGAUCCUCUCCACUUGUUCCAGGAUGCCGAUUUGAGCGUAAAAAUUACCCGGCCAGAUCAGACCAAGGCUCAUCUAGUUCAACAAUUGGACUCAAGAGUGACCGGCCAGAGGCUUCUGGGAAUGCACCAGCAGGACAUGAAGAAACCUCCUGUCUGAUACGGCCUCUGCCAGACCGCUCUCGUAGCAGCCGCUCCUGCAGUGAUGUCCAGAGCAACCCAGCGUUACCUCCUGCUCACGUUAAGAAACAGGGCUGUGAUUCUGUUUCCUCUACCGGUUCCUUCUCUUGGCCAUUGAAGGAACUGCUCCAGGCAACGGGUAAUUUCUCCGAGCACCUGAAGAUUGGAGAAGGUGGCUUUGGUUGUGUCUAUCAGGCCCGACUACGCAAUACUGAUUAUGCUGUCAAACGGCUCAAGGAGGAAGCAGAACUGGAUUGGACCGUGAUAAAGAACAGCUUUGUCACAGAGGUGGAGAAACUGUCCCGGUUCCGCCACCCCAACAUCGUUGAGUUCGCAGGUUUCUGCGCUGAGCAGGGAAACUUCUGCCUUGUCUACGUCUUCCUCCCCAAGGGCUCCUUGGAAGACCACUUGCACGGGCAGGUGGCUCCCUGCCUCUCCUGGGCCCAGCGACUCCACGUGGCAGUGGGGACUGCCAGAGCCAUUCAGUUCUUGCACAGUGAUUCUCCUAGCCUUAUCCAUGGGGAUGUCAAGAGCUCCAACAUCCUGCUAGAUGCCGCCCUCAACCCUCGGCUGGCUGACUUUGGACUGGCACGAUUCAGCCGCCGGCCAAAGCCAGGAGAACUUAGCAGCUCUCUGGGCCGGACCCAGACUGUGCGGGGCACGCUGGCCUACCUGCCCCAGGAGUACAUCCAAACCGGGACCCUUUCUACAGCCAUUGAUGUCUUCAGCUUUGGCGUGGUACUACUGGAAAUCUUAACAGGGAGGCGACCCAUGGAGUUGGAUUCACAGGGACGCAGCAAGUACUUGAAGGAUCUGCUGAGGGAAGAAGAGGAGCAGGAAGCCCCGCUGCUGUCUGCCACAACCACUUCCAGCUCCUCCCAAGCUGUUCAGCUUGGCACCCAUCUCUACCAGAGGCAUGUGGACCCACAGGCUGGCCCCUGUCCAGAGCACCUGGGCACGGCAGUAGGGCGGUUGGCCUGCCGUUGCCUCCACCGGCGAGGCAAGCGCCGCCCUCCAAUGGCCGAGGUGUACCAAGAGCUGGAGCAGCUGCAGCUGUCCUUGUAUGGGGAACCUGCUUCCCCUUUGCUGCUGGCAGGACAGCAUCGCGCCCCACAAGAAAGCUCUUACCCCUCCCGGCCUCUCAACCAGCCCGAAGAGAGUGACGACAGCCUGGAGCUGGAAUUGAGGAGCUGCGCAAGAGUCUCCAGAGAGAGAGCCGUGAUGCGCCCCCCAGGCGACUCUGCCCCUCAGAUCAUCAUCAACCCAGCACGGAGGCGCAUGAUGGAGCGGCUGGCACUCUACGCCGAUGGGGCCCUUGACAGCAUGGGUGUACUUGCCUCUCUCUCCUUGGGGGAAGAGCACACUGCAAAGCCCUUUCGCGAGCCUGAAGAGAGUGACGAAUUUGAAGCCUGAUGCAGACAUUCAGAAAUGGAAGGAUUAAAGUUCUCAUGGCGCUGAUGGCACUUUCCUGACUAUGGCUCCCCAUCCUCCCUUUGGUGUUCUGCGUGGCCGUUUCUUAGCUGGUCCUGCCAGCCCCACAGAGUUGGCAUCAUUGGCGCACAGCUGAUUCUGGUGGGAUUUCUGAUCAAGCCAGCAGUGUAACCAAGGCAGGCAGAUAGGUGGGUGCUUCCUCGGUCAGGGGUCAGAGUCUGUUCCCCAAGACUGCGUUCUUGGAGGAGGAGGAGGUUGUGGUUGUUUUUUACCAUUUUUCUUAACUUGAUGACCUUCUUCACAGUCUCCUCACUACAUAACCUUUUUUCAUUGAUGGGUACAGUAAAUAAAAUAUUUUAUAUAUUUGUAA